UCGGUCUUGUACGGGCAUUUGAAGCUGCCAUGGCUGGAAGUCGGGUGCUUUGAUGCACACAUCUGGCCGAGUUGCGGUGUUGGGAUAUGAGGGCCUUUGCUGGGCGACUAGGCGUAAACAACAGGACAGUAGUCCGGGAUACUCUCCUCGAAGCCAUGUUUGCGUUGGAUAUCGCAGCGGUCGAAGUGUUGCGAAUAAAGAAGCUUUUCAUUGGAUCUGUAAGGCUCUCGGAUUUUGUAAGCUCUCGCCUUCCGAUGACGAAACUUCGAUGGAUCCCUGCAAUGCGCGUUCACCUCGUCAACACGCGACUUCAAUUUUUUAGGCGAUUCAGCGAAGCUCUUCAAGAAAACAAACAUGUCUAUCACCACGCCAGAUGACAACGACGCCAGAAAGAAGGAAUUGGAGGAGUUGACGAAGUCAGAGAAAAUAAAGAGUUUGCCAGGCUUAGGCAUGGCCGAAGUCAACACUGAUCUCCCUGCAACGACUUUCGGUGAAGCUACCGAGCCAGUCGCAAAAAGUCCCUCACCUCCAAUUGAGCCGCCCAGUAAGAAGCUUUGCGGAGUCUGUAACGAAAAGGAUUAUAAAUACAAGUGUAGCCGAUGCUAUUUACCAUACUGCUCCAUAGCUUGCUCUACCAUUCACAAAGCGACACAUCCCGCAGAGGAGCCAAAGCCAACUGUGGAGCUGAAAGCACAUCCAACCUUACCGCCGAAGCCACCUGUUGCUAGACCAGGAACAAUUGCUGGCGCAACGAAUGCUUCGAAUGCCGCAACUGCCAAUCCGUUUGCUGCUUUGGACGAGUCGAAAGAGCUCAAGGAGCUGUUCACGAGAUUCCCACGGCUACAGCUAUUGCUCGACCGAAUUAAUAAAGCUACACUUCCGCCAGUACACAGCAUACAGCAGAGCUUGAAUGGAAACAGGCGGAAGGAACAGCCUUGGAAUUCGGAUCGCGGCCUCGAGAAAGGAGUAAAGGUGCUGGACGACUUAAGGAAUACGGGGUCCAAGGAUGGCAGGGCUAUCAGGGAAUUUUCAAAGCUUAUACUGCGCUUGCUCUCUCCAGAAAAUGGCCUAUCUGCAAGGGAGGUAGUUGAGCAGGAGCUUGCGGCAGAGAACCAAAAGGUUGUCGAACAGCUACUCAAUGGGGAGCUGUGAGGAUAGGACGCUGUUUUGGGGUAUGCAGUCUUGCGUAGUCACUCCAAUUGCGCCGCCAAGGACAGAUAUUUGAGUAUCAUGUGUGAGGAGAACGAACAGGUAUUAACUCCCCUUAUGCCGAUGCAUGUAUCGCUGUGGCGGGACUUUGCCGGGGCAGCAAUUUUCACCACAUUACCG